GAAGCUAUAAAAGAAAAAAAUAGAUUUUUUAAUAGCCUGGAGGAAAAGAUUUGCAGCACCUUAAACAGACAGGGUUAAUAUCCCCCAUAUACAACCACCCAACAGGGAAAUGAUUAAGAGAUGAACAGAUAGUUCACAGAAGAUGGAUGCAAACAGUCAUAAAUAACUAAAAAGAUGAUCACCUCUCUGAUGUUCAAGAAAAUGCAAAUAAAACAAUAGUGAGAUAUCAUUCCCUGGAUUGGUAAAAAUUUUAAAACUGAUCACAUUGCUAGGGAGAAAAAUACUAAACUCUUUUGAAAUGGUAUUUGGCAGUAUCUGUUAAAAUUUUAAAUGUAGCUCUAUUUCCUGAUCUGGGUGCUGGAUACACAAUGUAUUCAUGGUGUGAAAAUUAAUAGAGCUCUCCACUCUAUUAAUCCUAUUAACUCUAUACAUUAUAUUCUAUAAACUCUAUAAAAAGUGCAUUUACACAGUUUUCUACAUGUAUAUUAUUCUUUAAUGCUUCUUAAAAAGAAAUGAAACCAAAAAUGUACAUAACAAUCCUAGUUAUGGGAUGCUUUUCCUCAUUUUGCAAAUUGAUAACAAAAUGGUAAAUAUCAGUUCACUUUUAAAAUAAGCAAUGGAAAUAAACAGGCAAUUGACAGAAGACAAAUUCAGAUGGUAAAUCCAAAUGUGCAGCAAACUUCGAAAAACACUCUAUCCCCCAAGUGGCCAUAAAAAUGCCAAUUAAAGCUACAAAGAAAUAUCACUUUAUACCCAUACAUUUAAGAGGUGAUAACACCCACUUUGGGGGUGAUUGGGGGCUCCAAUACAUCACUGGUGGAAACAUGAAUUGUUAACAGCCUUCUGGGGAAAACAGUCUACUAAUAUCUAUUAAAUAGUCUUUGACCUAGAGUCUACAUUUAUAAUGUAUAAAUGCUUCAGUGUGUAGGGCUGUAGGUCUGAUGAUAUUUUGUGCAGCAUUAAGAGGAAAGAACUAGAAAGCUUCAAAAAAGAAAAGAUAAUGUCAAAAUUGUAAAACUAUACCGUGAAAUGUUAUGCAACUAUUAUGAAGAAUAAAUUAGAUCUAUUGACCUAGAGAGAUGCACAUGAAAUAUUAAGUGACAAAAGGCAAAGUGAUAUGCAUGGUUUUUAUUUUUUAUAUGUCCUCAUAUAAUGUUUAUAGGGAGUGGAAUAUAUGGCUUAGCGCUUAAUCUCUGGCAUUAGGAAGCCUGUGGCUAAACUCCAGCGUCACCAUCUUCUCCCUGUAGGUGAUAACCCCUCCAGGCCGCAGUUUCCUUGACUAUAAAAGAGGGUUAAUAAUAACAUCUAUUUCACAAACUCAUGAAAAAAGAUCAGCUUAGAGAUGGCUGGUACGCCAAGUGAUAAUAUCACGGGUAUAAGCAUGAUUUACAUGAGAAUGGAAAAUAUAAUGAAAGAAAACAUACCACACUGGUGACCUCAUGUGGGUGGAGCUGGAAGGAGCCAAACAAGGGUGAGUAACAUCUUUUAUCAACUCAACUUGUUACAGCUAGCUUGUGUUACUUACGUAAAAAAUUUUAAAUCCACUCAAGUAGCAGGAAAGGAGGACCAGCAAACCAAGCAGUCUGCACUGAUCUAUCUCAUCAUAGUUCUCUAGGAGGGAGUGGGUGAGGGGACCUGGGCAGGGCAGAGGCCCCAGGAAAGCCUUCUGUGCUGACAGGUGAUCCCAAACCCCUGAGUGGCACUGGGCAAAUGACUGUUCCUCUAUGGACCUUGGAUUCCCUCCUGUGCAGAAUGGAGCUGCUUGUGGCGCCCACAUAAAGCACGUUGCUUACUACCAAGGGCAGAUUUGAGUUUGAGUCCCAGUGAAGCUUGUGUGGCACUAAGAGCCAGGCAUCUUCUAAGGGCUCAACCCUGUCAACCCAUUUAAUCUCACAUUGACCAUAUUAUCAUCUCCAUUUUGCAGGUGGGGGAAACUGAGGCACAGGAAGGUUAGGUCACUUGCCGGAGUUCACACACUGGAAUGUGGCCAGAAUUCAAAUGCAGGCAGCCUGGCUCUGAAUCUCGGCUCUGAGCCACCAGGCUUCACGAUGCCCCAGUCUCAGGCACAUAACUUCCCCUCUCCCAGCCUCAGUUUACUCAACUGUGAAAUGGGCUUCUCAAUACUCACCUUUCGGAUUUGCUGAAAGGGUUCAAUGACAUCAGGCUUGGGCCUGGGAGAAGUGCUUAAAAAAUGGCAGCCUUUGUACCCCAUCCCUGUGGAAAGGAAGAAGUGCCCCCGCCUCCCUCUGGUGUUAUGUUCCCGGUGAGUUGUCCAAUGCCCCACUGAAAGGAGAGACAACACGGGCCCCAAGUCUUCCAGAAACCACAGGGCAAAGUGCCCAGGGGCCUGAGCGCCUCUCCCCACCCCCACUCUCAGCUGGGUGAGGCGCCGCCCCCUCCCCAUGACUUUGUCAGGGGUUCCUCCCACGCCGCCUCCCUCACAUCCAACCACACAGCAUCCUGUUUCAGCCCCGCAAGAGAAGGAAGCAGAGCCUAGGGUCCCAUGUAAUCUGCUGGGGAAGUCCGCAGAGGUGUGAUGAAGCAAGACCUUCCCUGCUGUUAGGCCCCAGCAUAUAAAGGCGGCCCAGGCAGCCCCGUGCUACUAGCCAUCUUUGUGCAUCCUGCCCGCCAUGUCGCGAUUCUACGUGCUGCUCGCCUGGGCCUUCGCUCACCUUAGACUCGCAGCGGCGCAAGAAGACCAGGCCUGCUGCGGACCCAUCGUGCCCCGGAGAGAGUGGAAGGCCACGGCGUCAGAGUGCAACCAGACACUGAACCUGCCAGUGCGCUACGUGGUGGUGUCGCAUACUGCCGGCAGCUCCUGCAACACCCCGGCCUUGUGCCUGCAGCAGGCCCAGAAUGUGCAGCACUACCACGCGCGGACGCUGGGCUUCUGCGACGUGGGCUACAACUUCCUGAUUGGAGAAGAUGGGCUUGUGUAUGAGGGCCGGGGCUGGAACACCAAGGGCGCCCACACGGGUAAAUUCUGGAACCACAUGUCCAUCGGCAUCACCUUCAUGGGCAACUACAUGGAGCGGUCGCCCCCACCCCGGGCCCUCCGGGCAGCUAAGAGUCUGCUGGCUUGCGGUGUGGCUCAAGGAGCCCUGAGCCCCAGAUACACGGUCAAAGGACACCGGGAUGCACAACAGACACUCUCGCCAGGCGACCAGCUGUACGAAAUCAUCCGGACCUGGCCACAAUACCACGAGUGAGGCCCUGUCUAGCUCCACCCCAUCAGAAACCCACUGCCCCCCACCCACCAAUAAAGAUGCAGCUCAAACUGUACUCCUCUCC